AUGUCGCGCCUGAUUCCAGGCGAUGCAUCGCUCACCAUAACGCGCCUGCUCAUUCUCAUAGUCUGGGGCGUGGUCCCUCUCAGCUGGCUUGCCCUUCUCUCGCGCGCACUCCGCUACUAUCUAGAUCACUAUACAAGCUACUCGAUUGACGCCGCGGUCUGGAACUGGGUCGUCAAACAUUCGCCAUUGACCGUCACACGAGUCUGGGCUCAUCUCCUCUCACCACGCUGGCGUUGGGCUUCGAAUCUCGUCUACUCUUAUUGCGCACUAGAGGCAGCCUUCUCGCUGUAUUACUUGCAUUUGGCUAGACGUAUUCAACGACCAGGCCCACGACCGCUGUACGGUCGACGCUUCUUGCGCAGUGUCUUUGCACAGGCACUUGAAGCCGGCCUCAAACCAGCUUCAGAAGACAUCACGCACGAGUCGAAGCUGUCUUAUACAAGCGCUGUUUCUGCAUCCCCCACCGCUGCAUCCAAUAGCACUGCAGGACCUGUUUCAAGUGGUAUCCAUGGUCAAUCUACAACGUCACCGUCCGAGUUGAACGAAAGUUCGGCACCAAGUCAUGUACGACAGAGGCUUGGCAGGUUGCGAGCAGCGAGCUUCGUUCCGCAAUUCGUCGCCGCGCCCAUCUCGGAGGACGACCCGCGCGCUAUCAAGUUUCAGGAGAGCCAAGCCAAGUGGUUCUUUAGCGUACCACCUGAGCAGAUCACACGUAGAGAGGUGAUGCAUUGGCUGGCAUGGUCACUUUUCGCAACCGAGCUCGAGACACUCGAAGCUGAGAGGGACGCCGUCAGUUCUCUCACCAAUGGUGAAAAUGCUGGUGUUCAAUCAGGAUCACAUGUCCCUCCGGUCUGGAACGGCAUAGACUCUGCAACGCCAUCUACGUACAGCUCACCCCUUCCGCGAUCGACCUCGACGUUUGGUGGUCCAUCCCCCUCCUUCUCGAUUGGCCCAUCAGGUACAGACGCCCCGACCGAGGAGAAAGAAGAUGUUAGGGGAGUACGCGCCAAAGAGGGAGAGUGGGAUCCGACCAAGGGCGACCGGCUUGCAUUCCUGGAAUACUGUCUGGAGCUGCUCGAGACUCGUCAAGGCCGAAGCUAUCCAGAGGAUGCUCACGAUGCGCAUGUGCCAGCACGCGCCAAGCAGCCUGAGCAUGCACGAGACAAGAUUGCCGCGAAACGUGGACCACGCAUUCGGAUGAUGCGGCUCACGAUCGACCCUGUGCGAGUUCGAUGCAGGCCGUUGGCGUGUUAUCUGGUGACAAACACGCUUUCAUACUUGACUAUCCGACGUGCCAUGCGUGGCGGAUUUCAGAUGUGUACUGAAGGUCGUCUCCCGUAUCUGUACCGACCUGCACCCGAUACUUGUACCUCGAACGGCGACAGACGUCUGGAUACGACGCCCCUGGUCGUAUUACACGGUCUUGGUAUCGGUUUAGCCCAAUACGCUUCGCUGGUCAGCUUCUUGCUGCACUCGCCCAUCUUUGCACACCGACCAAUCAUGAUUCUUCUUCAACCCAACAUCUCUCAAUCUAUCCUGUCGCCGGCAUUCCUGAAACCGUUCGGUCAUCACGAGACUACGUCGGCCUUCCGCUCGAUUCUGGCGCGUCACAAUUGGUCGUCGAUCGAUGUGCUCUCGCAUUCGUACGGCUCGUUGGUACAUUCGUGGCUGAUCAAAUCUUUGGCGUCUCGUGUUCGACGCAGUUGCUUCGUCGACCCGGUAUGUUUUCAGCUCUGGGUACCGUUUGUUUGCUCCAACUUUCUCUACAAGCGUGCCUCUACCCCGAUCGAGCUUCUGAUGCGAUACUUUGUCGCGCGCGAGGUGGGGACGGCAAACACACUCUGUCGAUACUUUGACUGGUCCAGUAACAUCCUUUGGCCACACGAGAUCGAAAAGUUGCAAGACGGAAGGAGGACGAGGUUCUAUCUGGCAGAAGACGAUGCAAUUCUGAGUGCCAAGGAUACGUUGGAGUAUCUAGUGGAAUGUGGAUGUCCGAGGCAAAACGUGCACUAUGGAAAGCGCAAAGCUCACGGUGAGAUGCUCAUGCAUGGGGGAGACGAUUUCGACAAGAUUGUCGAGUGGUUGUCGAUGGACAUUUGA